UGUACACAGUGAGGGCUUGUGCUCUGUACCUAGAAGACCCCCACCCUCCUUUUCAGCAGUCGGACUCCCUUUUGUGUCAUCUCUUUAAGCUAGGACGUUUCCCCCCAGCCUCUCUGGACUUCAUGUCUGUAUUUUACCCUAUUCCUUGCACUGAUUACUUGAGAUCAGCUGAAAUGACUGAGGUUAUAAUGAACACUCAACCCAUGGAUGAGAUUGGUCUAAGCCCUCGCAAAGAUUCUUAUCAGAUCUUCCCAGAUCCUUCAGACUUCGAACGAUGCUGCAAACUGAAGGACCGGCUUCCCUCUAUUGUGGUGGAACCCACAGAAGGUGACGUGGAGAGUGGAGAACUAAGAUGGCCUCCAGAAGAAUUCCUGGUGGAAGAGGAGAAGGAAUCGAACUGCGACACACAAAAAGACAAUAAGGAGCAGUAAAGCACUAAUCUUGAGAUGACCCUUGUCAUUUGGAAGAGAAAUUACCCAUCAAUGGGCCUCCUAUGAAUCGUUUAGGAAGGAUUUUGUUGACGACAAAUUCCAAGAUGCACCUGUGAUGAGACUUUUUUUUUUUUUUCUUUUUUUUUCUUUUUUUUUUUCCUCUUGGUGGAAGAAUCCAGCCUUCAUUGUGAUUAAAAGCCCAAAGUCUUGAAGAAGUGUUUGCUUUUAUUUUUAAUUCAAUCAUUAGAAUACUAUCUGAGGUUUAUCCCAAGGCUAGAUGCAUUGAUAAUCUUAGGCUAACGCAAGAAGGAAUUAUUAUUAUUUUUUUUUAACAAAGGCACAGACUCAACGACCUUUACAAAAACUGCCUUUUCUGCAAGAACAAAAGGUCAACCCAUUACUUCUCCAUCUGAAUGUUAUGUCCUCCAACGGGAGUCUUAGUUGAUUCAAUUCUGGUAACUGUUUGUCAUUACAAAUCUAUGCCAACCAAAGUCCUCUUCCGGUGAACUGGCUGUGUAGAUCUUGGCUCCACUCUCGACAAGUUGUAAAUGUCAUCGAUGUGUCGUAACUAUUUGUAAUUGGAUCAAAAAGUGGAAUCUGUCUCUGUAGUAUUAAUACCAGUGUUCAUCAGUGUGUACAAGGAUGCAAUAUUGUUAUGUAUUUGUCCUGUACUAUAAGAUUUGGUGUGUUCCUUGGCUUAUGUAAAACUUUUGUAGGUUUCAACAAAAAGUCAACAUUGUAGAUCAGUACGUAGAGCUCAUUUAUGGAUGAAAUGGCCAUCAUGUGUGUCAAUGCAUUGUUUUUUUUUGCUCAGAAGUCAUCAAAAUGGGGUCUUGGUCAUGACCACCCAUGUUGGCUUGUGUCCAUCAUUAUGGAGAAAAUCGACCGUUUGCCAAUAUAUUAGUGGUGAGCAUUGAGUUAUGUCCAUCUAAUGCAACUUCUCGAAAUAUAUGUUAAAGGUCUGUGUAGAACUGAGGAGGGGCACGUUGUCCUCAGGACACAUUUUCCAUGUCAAGUCAACCAUGUUCUGGGGUCUUAGCCCAUUGUUGGUGCCCUCAAGAGAUGUUGUUCAUGAUUUCUUAAGAUAAAGCUUAUAGAUGAUGACAGCUCUAAAAAAUACACAUCAGUCUUUCAGUAAAAGCCCAUUCACAAUGCAAAAAGCCUUUUGUGAGACCCAUGGUUGCCCUUUACUCCACCAGAGACUGUGUUUCAAGCCUUUUAAGUUUUCAGUAUCCAUUAAAUUGAAAAAAUACCUCGGUUUUAUAGCCAGUGGCUACAGAGGAGAGAUCUUGAUUUAUUUUUUUCCUGCACCACCCCAGAUUGCUAGAUGCUUUGUCCUUGUAGAUGGUUCCUAUUUUUGAAUGACUAUACAGCAAUAAUUCUUGUGCUUUGAUCCAUCCAAUUAAGAUUCUUGUGCGUAUCUGGCGAGCGGAACAUGUAUAAAAUGUUUGGUGGUCGUGUCUGCCUCCUAUAGAUGGUCUUCAUCCACCAGCUGAACGCCCUCCAGGUCAUGGUGUUAUACGUUUUUGUCACUGUUCACAAAUAGGUGCCGAGCAUCACAGAUGUGUCGUAAACCGUGCUGAACUCGAUACGAUUGUGGUGUUUCCAGUAGAUGCGUAGUAACAGCCCACCGAGACCUCUCCACUUCCAUCGGGCUUUCGACAUCCUGCUGAUCCUCCGCAAAGAAACUUGAGGUCGACUCGGUGGAAGGAAGGACAUUUGUCUUCCCCCCCCCCCCCCUCCCCCCCUCUUAAGAGUAUUGUAUAUUUCCAUUUGUUACAAAAUGUCUGCGAACAAAAGCACUCGAGUAAACGGUUGUAUCAUAGUUAUAUGUAAAUAUAUAUAUUUCUGUAAUUUUUGAGGCUCAGGGAGAUGCUAGCUUUUUUUUUUUUUUUUUCUCAAACUUUUAUGUCACUGUGACAGAUGUAAAUAAAGUUUCAGAUUGCUUUCCAA